AACGAAAUCACGAAAACUGCAAAACUCAGCAAAACUGCAAAACGCACAAAACCACGCCGCACGUCUCUUGGUGCGGACGCCACACUGCAGUUUUGAUUUGAAAGAUGGAUAAACCGGGUGGUCGGGGAACUCCCCGCGGCAAAGGGCGAGGCAAAAGAGAGCCGCAGCAACAAUCGGCACAGGCGUCGUCGCAGCCUGCUGCAACACAAUCGCCGUCAGCUUCAAAAGCGUGGAACAAGAGGCCCCAACAACCCCCCCAACCGCAACAACAGCCUACUCAACCACAACCAGGAGGAAAACAAUCUCCACAAAAAUCUAGAGGCGCUGGCGAUCAGUCCGGAGCUGGCGCUGUUCGAAAACAAAUGUCGCAAUUGUCCAUUGGUGGGUCAGGGGACGCUAGAGAGCCGCCGAGGAAAGUAUUUGAAAAACCGGAAAUCUUAAAGACACGGCCGGAGCAUGUUCCAAAUAAAAAAGGAACCUAUGGAAAACUAGUUAAAUUAGAUACAAAUUACUUCCGAUUUAAUGCAAACAACAAUUGGUCCCUCUAUCAGUAUAGGGUCGAUUUCAUUCCCAAUGACGAGAGAACUCCCGUAAAGAGGAGACUCUUCAACCGAAUACCCGACACUUUAUUUGUACCGAAUAUUUUCGACGGCAAUGUACUAACUACAAUUCACUAUCAUCCUGAGCCUAUGGAGUUCACUGUCACUCAUACAGAGGAUGAAACAAAAACAAUCAACAUUAAAAUCCGAUUUGUGGCAGCGCUGCAAAAUAAACUGGAUUAUGGAUAUUUCCAGUUGUUUAAUCUCCUUUCCCGAAGAGGCUUGGAAAAUUUGAAGUUAAAACUCUUUGGCAGAAAUUACUACGAUCCACAAGAAAGGAUCGAAGUUCCCGCCUACAAACUAGAAGUCUGGCCAGGGUACUUGACUAAUAUCCGGCAGCACGAAAGAGAGACGUUGAUGUGCGUCGAAAUAGUCGGAAAAGUAAUGAGACAGGAAACGAUUUAUGAUAUCCUCGUUAGAUGCCAGUCGAGAAGCGCAAGAGAUUUCCAAAGAAGUUUCAAAAUGGAAGUGAUAGGAACAGUUGUGUUAACAAAUUACACAGACCGCACCUAUCAGAUUGAUGACAUCGAUUUCAGUGUGACUCCUUCAGCUACUUUUGAAAAAGGCGGCCAAAAAGUUUCGUAUGCUCAAUACAUGAAGGACCGUUAUCAGGUCCAAGUGAGGAACAUGAUGCAGCCUAUGCUUGUAUCAAAGGCUAACGCCAGACAGCGGAGAUCAGGAAUGCCGGAAUUAAUUUACCUAAUUCCAGAACUAUGCCGCGCGACAGGACUUAGUGAUCAGAUGCGAAACGACUUCCAUCUGAUGAAGGAAGUUGGACAGCACACUUGCUGCGAACCAGGCAUCAGAAUUAAGAGGCUUAUAGCAUUUAACCAAAGGCUGCUGAAAAAUGAGAGGACUCAAGAACAAUGGAAGCAGUGGGGCCUUUCUCUGGGAAAAGAGAUUGUACAGGUAGAUGGACGCGUCAUGCCACCGGAAGAAAUUGAGUUCGGAAGUAACUUGAAAGAACGUAACUCGGACUGGACCAGAGCAAUGCAGUCGGCUAAACCAAUCGUUUCGCAGGGAAGAUUGGACCAUUGGUAUAUCCUCCAUCCCAGAAAUUCUAGAUGUAUAGGGGAACUGAAGGCUAUGUUGCUCCAAGCCUCAAAGGGAAUGAGGUUCACGAUCGGGAAACCACAAGAGAUAGCGUUGGAGAAUGACAGCGCAGCUUCGUAUGCAAGGGAAAUCGAGAACAUUAUGAGUAAGAGCACGCCCCAGAUGAUCUUCUGUGUUGUUCCAAAUUCCCAAGUGCCCAGGUAUUCAACGAUAAAGCAAAAAUGCUGCGUCGAUCGACCUGUUCCCUCCCAAGUUGUUCGUGAACAGAGUAUCACGAAAAGAAAUGCGCUAUCUAUAAUGACAAACGUCGUCAUUCAGAUGAACUGCAAGAUUGGCGGUGUCCCAUGGAAGAUUGCUUUACCCUCUAAAGACAUGAUGGUGAUAGGAUUCGAUGUGUGUCACGAUACUGCUAAGGAUGGUUACGAUUACGGGGCUGUGGUGGCAUCUAUCAAUCCAGACUGCACCAAAUACUACAGCUCAGUGAUUCCUCACAAAAAGGGCGAAGAAAUCUGCAAUAUGCUCGCCGAGCACAUUAUUGAUGCCCUUAAGAGCUAUCAUAAAGCAAACGGUAAAUACCCUUCACGUAUCUUUAUGUACAGAGAUGGUGUUGGAGAGGGCCAACUCAACCAGGUCUACAAAGUAGAAGUACAAAAAGUUUUGGGCCUGCUGAAGAAUUUCUGCGCUUCAAAGUUGACCUACGUCAUCGUCACGAAGCGGAUUAGUACCCGCUUCUUUUGCAACGGAAAAAAUCCAGAUGCUGGAACAGUUCUUGAUGACGUGAUAACCGAUCCCGACAAGUACGACUUUUUCCUCGUCUCGGCCAAAGCCACUGUGGGCACCAUCACUCCAACUUCCUACAACAUUAUUUACGACGACAAUCGAUUGACGCCGGAACAAUUGCAGCGUUUUACUUUCAAGUUGACGCAUCUGUAUUUUAACACAAGUAAGACUGUCAGGGUGCCGGCACCCUGCCAUUAUGCCCAUAAGCUCGCAUUUUUGGUCAGUCAGUUUAUCCAUCGCAAGCCAAGUGAAAGUCUCUCAGAGUUGCUCUACUUUUUGUAAAGUAGCACUAAAUCCUAAUUACGUAGGUUUACGUAUUGCAAAGACAUUAUUAUUUUAUAUUUGAUUCGUUUCUAUUUUAUUUUUUUUAUCAAUUCAGAAAGUGAGUGGACCAACAGUUGCAGAACUAAUUGUUAAUUGUUCUUUUUCAGUUAAAUUUCAAUUAUUCGAAUUAUAAGUUUUAUUUGUAAUCUGUUUGCGACAGCAGUUUGCAAUAUGUAGUUAUUACUUUAGCGCUUGAAUCUCGUCAAUCUUAUUGGAUUCCAUGCGUCAAAUGAAGUUUAUUAUCGAAUUUUAUAUAACGCAAGCAUGAUUUGCGCGUAUAAUGAUACUGCUAAGAGUAUUAUGGGGUUAUAAUUUCACUCUACGCAUGCGCAUUCGCUGUUGAGUCCUCCUGUCGUAUAAACGGCCACUUUCAGAUCUAAAAAGACGCUGAUAAAACGCGUAAAUCAUGCCUUGUAAACGUCUCUUUACCCUCGCAUGUUUGCAGUGUUCACGCUCGGGUAAAAAGGCUAAAUUUACCUCCUAGGUACACAAUGUACUAUUUUUAUUCUGUUAUGUUAAAAGAAUGUAGUCGUCACGACUUAUCUCGUUCAUUAUUUAAUUCGUUUUUUUUUAUCAGUUGAUAUUAUGUUGGCCCUAACUAAAUAAAAUUGUUUUAAAAAAACUUAAAGUUUUUGGCUCUAGGGUCCAAUAAAAUGGAAUAAAAUUACUUUGCCUUAAACGUUUCUACACACAUUUCAGACCAUUUUUGGACAUUCGUUUUUUUUAUAUAUAAUUUUUUUAUUGUGUGUUCAAUUUUAAACGUUUUUAUCUGCCCAAAUUUGGAGGUUAUGUGAAUUUAUAUAUGUAAGACUGCAUAAAUGUAAGUGCGACUGAUUUUAAUUUUAAAUAGUUCUACAUGUCACGUUCAUGGGCUUCCAAAUUUGGACGCUUUCAUUCACGAGUGUAAAUUGGUGUAAAUUACAUUAAGUGUUACGACGUAAUAAACGUAUUUUCUAUAAC